AUGCCAAAGCAACCCGAUUAUUCAGAACUGAGUGACUCUUUAACGCUUGCCGUGGGAACAGGAAGAUUUUCGGGACCACUGCACAGAGCAUGGAGAAUGAUGAAUUUCCGUCAGCGGAUGGGUUGGAUCGGAGUGGGACUGUAUCUGUUAGCAAGUGCAGCAGCAUUUUACUACGUUUUUGAAAUCAAUGAGACUUACAACAGGCUGGCCUUGGAACACAUUCAACAGCACCCAGAGGAGCCCCUUGAAGGAACCACGUGGACACACUCCUUGAAAACUCGGUUACUCUCCCUGCCUUUUUGGUUCUGGACAAUUGUUUUUCUGAUACCUUACUUACAGAUGUUUUUAUUCCUUUACUCUUGUACAAGAGCUGACCCCAAAACGGUGGGCUACUGUAUCAUUCCCAUAUGCUUGGCAGUUAUAUGCAAUCGCCACCAAGCAUUUGUCAAGGCUUCUAAUCAGAUCAGCAGACUACAACUGAUUGACACAUAA